CGAACAGAUCAAAACAUGAAGUGGAUACUGGCAGUAAUAUUGCUACAAUUGCUGCACAAUAUUUCGUGCGAGCAAUCCUAUGUGGUCACCAAUGAGAAACUGGAGCCUUUUGAGGGCGACUCUGAGACGCUGGUGAUAUUCGAUAGCCUGAAGACCGUUGGCCGUGAGCGAGCGCUCAAUGGUUCCUUUAAAUUUCUGGGUGCGAUGAACAACGAUGACUUCAAGGUGUCCGUCGAACUGUACUCCAGUCCCAAUGGUGAUGGCGACUUUAAGCGCAUGGCCAUGGACGUGCCACAGACCAGCAUCUGUGAGUGCUUCAAGAAGUUCUAUGUGCAGUUCGUGCAGCCAUCGCUGACACAAGGUGAGACGACCAAUUUUCCCAUUGUCGAUGAGGACACGUGUCCCAUACCGGAGGGCGAAUACUACAUCAAGGGUGUCCUGUUUAACACGGAUGACUGGCCGCAGCAAGUGCCACGUGGCAUUCUCAAGGCGAUCAUAACGUUCUUCAGUGCUGGCAAAAAUGUUGGAGGUCUAAUUGUGGUCGUCAAGAUUGAGGAUCGUCAGAGUUAGAGUUUUCCAAGUAUUUCGCUUUGCGUUGUUUUAUCUUACAUUCCAAUUGUCAUUAAAUAAAAGUCUUUGAAAGCGAAA